UUGAACCUUACACUUUGUCUAUCGAUAAUGAAUUUGCAAUAGUGAUCGUUUCUUUUUGUAGAUAAAAGAAUUUUAAAUACGUUCAAAAUGAAAUUACUUUUAAAUCUGGCGAUAACAUCAUCUAAGCGAUUAUCUUAUUUCAAUGCCAAUCUAUUAAAUCGCACUCCAUGCUGGAGAAAAAUGGCGACCGAGGUGGAGAAAGCACAAACUGCGGUUCCUACGGAAGAUACAAUUUUUGGGAAAAUACUUCGUAAAGAAAUACCUUGUGAAUUCAUUUAUACAGACGAUCAGUGUGUUGCAUUUCGUGACAUUAAUGCUCAAGCACCAGUGCAUUUUCUGGUGAUUCCACGAAAACCAAUCUCACAACUCUCAAAAGCUGAAGAUGGGGAUGAAGCCUUGCUGGGUCAUUUAAUGAAUGUUGCCCGUAAAGUGGCAAAGCAAGAAGGUCUCGAAGACGGUUUUCGUUUAGUCAUCAAUGAUGGCAGAAAUGGUGCACAAUCUGUGUAUCACUUGCAUCUGCAUGUUCUUGGUGGUCGUCAAAUGAAGUGGCCUCCUGGUUAAGAAACUUCAUUUCAUUUCGCAGAAUGUUACAUGCUAUUGUAACUUGCAAUUAUAAAAAAUAUUUAUUGUCAAUAAUAAAGUAUUGAAGAAAUGUUAUUUAUA